AUGGAGCUCUUUGCCCGUGUCUUCCACGCGCGGAAGAACAAAUUCUACGAUCACUACCUCUUGGGUGCGCAAGAGGCAAAAAGUCUCCCGCAAAUGAUAGAAGAUAUGUUUCGGAACGAGGAUCGGAAACGGAUAGGAGAAUUUUUCGACGUACCUCUUCAACGCUCUUAUCGUGGUGCGGAACACGUAGAGCAGCACAGCUCUGAAACUCUCACAAGACUUUGA